CCCCACCUGCUACUUUAGAAUCAGCGGAGGAGCAAGGCAAGCAGAUAGAUCACCGAGGAGACCAUAGAAAACGAUACAUCUUUAUUUAUAUUGCGCUUUCACCACAGUAACCUCAUUUCUUGUCUCCUUCCAGUGUUUUCUUCUUGUUUGUUGUCUCUUAUCUGUUAUGUUUUGUUCUUCACUAUCUUGAUUACCAUCAUGAGAGUGAGGAGCAUCAUCUGGUGAAAAAGAUAUGGAGAAACAAAAAGUGUUGUCCAAGCUGAUGUGGGAUCUUCAGUCGUUCCUUUCAGUUCUGGAUUCAGAGAACCUGAGCUACAUCGCACAGGCUCAGAAGAAGUCCAUCUCAGAGCUGGUGUCCUUGUUGCAGAUGCAAGAAGCUCCAGUGGAGGACGCAGAGUAUGUCAUCAUGAGCUGUCCGUCAUCAUCGUCGCCUAGCAGCCAGCCAUUAAGAGACUCCAACCUCUGGACUAGCAAUGCAGUCCCUGCAGCACCGCACCAGCCACCAGGGGGCGCUGAAGCUCAAGGCGGUGAUUGUAACGAUGAUGAAGAUACCUAUGAAGAGGCACAACCCUUCAAAGCCGACAGCACCAAUCACCUGGCAGAGCGAGCUGAGUCAGAGAACAGCUACUACGAGUCAUAUGGCGAGGAGGCUGAGGAUGACGAUGAUGAAGAGCACAUGAAGGAUAGAGCUCACUACAUCCAAUGGAGUUCCUCUCAGCCUUGUCUCAGGCCCCCUCCUGAGUCUCGCCUGUGUGGGUACCUGUGGAGGAGGAAGUGGUUGGGACAAUGGACCAAGGAGCUCUUCAUCAUCAGAAAUCACUUUCUGCUGUGCUACAAGUGCGCGAGGGACCUCCUUCCUCAUCUGCAACUGAGCCUACGCGGCUGCCAACUAGUCUACAAGCUGAAGAGCAACCGGAAGAUUCCGCACCAACUCAAGCUUCUGCUGCUGGGGGCCGAUACCCUGGUGUUGGGGUACAGCAGUUUCGAGCAGGCUGAAGAGUGGCGACAGGUGAUCGAGGAGCUGAGUGUCGGCGAGGAAGAUUAUCGCGCUAACUCAGAACCUCCUCGGUGGUCCCGCAGGUCCAGUGCGCUCCUGACACACACCAACCAGCAAGAACCAGCACAUGAACAACACAAGAGCAAAGGUGUGGUGAGCGUGCUGAUGAACUGUCAGUGGCAGAGUCUCUUGUGUCAGGUGGAGGCGGGAAAUCUCAAUAUGUUCGCGGAGGACGCAGAAGAGGAUGGGAACCGUCGGAGCCAGACUCGCUCUCCUCAGUACACGGUACGGUUGCGAGGCUGCGAGGUGAAAGCGGCGCCCGAUGGCCAGCGACCACACAGGAUCACGCUGAGCGUGCUGGGUGAGCAGGUGGCUGUAGUGGAGGUAAGUUCGGCGGAUGAGAAGCGGCGAUGGACGCGCCUCCUGAAGGACGCGGUGGAUUGUUGCUCUGAUGGCAAGACGCAGCAACACACUCACAACAGCGGACGCUCGCUGAACACAUACAUGGACCAACCAUUCCACGCCAGCUCGGCCGCUCCGCCGCUACAACCCGUCUACUCCAACACUCCCAUGCUGGAGCACAUGCUUCAAGGCUCUCAAGACACCAUGACCUACACCAACGCCACCUUCAGUAGCAACAACAGGAAGUGGUCUGAAGUAGCGCCACGUGGCAUCCAGAAGUUGGAGCUGACGGGCAGAAAAAGCGUGCCCUUGAGGGCCGGUUCUGAGGCUAACCUGGUGUCGGCGAGCAAUAAAAAUAAACGCUCAUCCUUCAGACAGUCGCUCACCGUUUGCAGCGAGCGGGCGCAGGCCAGUCUGCUAAACCCUUUCUUGCGUCGUACAGCAUCCGUGAAGACCUCGCUCAGACGAGCUCCAUCCACACUCUUCAUUGAGCACGGGAAGGUUUUCCAGAGGAGGAAGGAAUGGGAGACCAAAGCUGCUGCCUGAGACCAUGCAACCAUGUGACGAAGAGCCCACGUGACCAUAUAACUUGGCCUGGUGAUGUGUUCAUGCAACCAAGAUUGUUAUAUUUAAUUUAUAUCGUUUAGAUCAUGACUGCAUCCUUUAACUUAUUAUUUCUGUCACACAAAAUAGCAGACUUUAAUGGGUUGAAACAAAUUAAGCGAUUUUUUUUUUUCAUGAUCGGUGUGUGUGUGUGUGUCAUGUUUGCACUUCUUCCAAACUACAAAAACACAAAUCAUCCCUUUUUAUCAAAGUUUUUUUUAAAAUUUAAAACUCACCUUAGAAUCACAUUUUGACAAAUAUGAAGUUUUUGUGUCUAUGGUGUUUAUCGUUCACAUCACAUUCAUCAUCCACGUGAGAAACAACAGCACUAUUUUUCUGAAAUUGCCUUAUAUUAAAUUAUUAAUGCGUGUAAA